AACAAAGCUGUUUCCCCACAGUUGGGUAAAAUGAGCAAAAUGCUUCAAGUGGCCUUCAUUGUUUCAAUAAUCAAUGCCUUAGCAGGUCAAGGCUGUAUCUGUGUUGAAAUCAUUGGCGGGCAAGAUGUUAAACCUGGUUCUGGGACUUACAUGGCAUCCAUCCAAAAUGCAAAAAAGCAUAUAUGUGGAGGAACUUUGAUCCAUGUCCAAUGGGUUCUGACCUCAGCAAACUGUGCAGUUGACUUUUUUCUAGGGAAACACGUCACAGUUGUUCUUGGGACCCAUUCCUUGAAGAAAAAAACAGGAGUGCAAGAAUUUAAAGUAAUUGAGGCUAUAACACAUCCUAACUAUAACAAGAAGACAGAACAAAACAACUUGGCACUAUUCAAGUUGGAUCAACCUGCAAAACUGAACAAGAACGUAAAGGUCCUCACACUGCCAAAAUCCACAAAAUAUAUCAAUUACGGGACAAAAUGCAAAACUCUAGGAUGGGGACAAACAACUGAUGAUGAUGAUGAUCUACCUGACACUUUGCAAGAAAUAAGUCUAAUUGUCAUAAAGCAGGAAACCUGCAACAGUGAUAAGUAUUACAAACAUGAUCCUGUCAUAACUGACAAUAUGAUAUGUGCAGGUGAUAAAAAGGGCAGAGCUAAAACAUGUAAGGGAGAUUUAGGUGGACCAUUGAUAUGUAAAACCACCUUAUUUCUGAAAAAGCAGUUUACUGGUAUUGCUGCUUUUGAAAAGGGAUGUGAUAUAAUGAACAAACCUGGAAUAUAUACACGUUUAUCAAAUCAUUACCUCAAGUGGAUAAAGAAGAAAAUCAAAGGCAAACUUGGCAACUUCACAUUUGAACAAAAUUUUUAAAGAAUAACAGGCCACUUGGCUGAAUGAGUAAGCGUGUGUACUUUAAACAAUGAUUUUGAAAAUUAAACAAAAAUAGUUGGCCAUAAGUGAUCACCUGUUAAACAUGUUAAAAUGUCUCUUCAUUUGAUGAAGGUAUAGGCCUCACAGCACCCAGUUUUUUGAGCACUAACCAGCAAGUUCCCAGAAUGCCGCAAUGAAAAAAUAAGCUAAUUAGCAUCAAAGUUAGCAUUCUAAAGAAUUGAAAUAAUACUAUUUUUUGGUAAAAUACAUUGUAGUAAUUUUUUUUUACAUGGGGAUCUCUCCAUUACUGUGGAAAGAGAAGCAGUGCACAGUGUGUUAUUUUUGCCAAUGUUAUAUCAAUUACAAGCUAUGAUGGAAUUUCCUUUCCACUUAAUGAUGUAUGUUGAUGUAACUUAGACAUACAUUAUGUCAAAAAGGACAUAAAAAAGGGUUGCCACACAUAUUUACACAAAGGUAAAUCUUAAAUUACCAUAUAUUGUUGUAGCUUCAUAACCUUUCUGCUGGAUGUUGAAUACAAUUGAAAUAAAGAACAAUAGGAUGCGUCUUU